UGUUAUGUCUAGCUUUUGUGUAGAUUGCCAAAAAUGCAAUAAUUAAUACAGCUGCAAGCCUACUUGCGAAAAAGUGUUUUGUGGAUUUUACAGUUUCAACUUAGAAAAUAACCCGUUGUUCUCUGAGUUUGAGGAGACCAUGGGAUCCGCAGUGGAGAGGACAGAUGAACUUGUCAGGGAGUACCUGAUUUUCAGAGGCUUCACCAGCUCCCUCAGGCACCUGGAUGUGGAGAUCAAGGCGGACAAGGAGAAGGGCUUCAGGGUGGACAAGAUUAUUGAGCAGUUGCAGCAAUUCAUUCAGAGCUAUGACUUGCCCGGGCUCCGGGAUUACUGGGGAUAUCUUGACAGGCGGCUUUUCAGUCGUCUAGAGGAUAUCUACCGGCCUACAGUGAACAAGCUGAGGACCAGCCUCUACCGGUACUACCUGGUGUACACUGUGCAGACAGCCCGCAGUGAGAAGACCCAGGAGUUCUUCCAGAAGCAGGCACAAGAGCUGCAGGGCCAGACGGAGUGGCGGGAUUGGUUCGUUCUGCCCUUCAUCGCUUCUCCCGAGCUGAACUCCAUCUUUGCACCCUAUUUCUCGCGGCAGUGGGCGGACACCUUCCUCGUCUCACUGCACAACUUCCUGAGCGUCCUCUUCCAGUGUAUGCCUCUCCCAGUGCUGUUGAGCUUUGACACAGAAGUGCAGCGCAGUGCCGCCAUAUUGGAAGAGAAUGAACUACUGCGCCAAACGGUGUUUGCGUUGCAGGCAGAGCAACCCCGCCUGCAGAAGGAAGAGGAGAUGGUUCACCACAAACUGCCACCCUACGUACAGAACGUGGACCGUCUGGGAGACACUGAGCUGGAUUUGAUAUCUAGUCAGCGCAGUGCCAACUUGACUGCCCAGCCACAAAGCAGCUCCUUCCUGUCCUCAUUGCUCUCACAGGGCAAGCGUGUACCAGCUAAGACACCCCAAGGGGCUGGGUCCUCGCCAACACAGGCCAGCGUCUCAAUGGGGAGGAGAGAUGCUGCAGCCAGUCAUAGCAUGAAGUUGAAAGAUCCUCAAAAUUCCUCCAAGGACUCUAAGGCUCUAUUCAGUAGCACAGGAGUGGGUGACUCAGGGUCUGCUAACCCACGACAGAGAAGACACCAGGACCAUGAGAAGCAAAGAAAGGAGCUGCUCGCCAAACCCCCUGCCCAGAGCAUGGAGAAGAGAGGUGAAAGCCUAGAGACAGAGACCCACCCAGAAGGAAGUGUUGACCACAUAGACUCACCCACUAAACAGACCCGAACUUGUGUGGAGGGAGGGGGCCUAUCUGGUGCUAUCGAGCAGCCCUUCAUUAAACUGAGUCAGGAGGAGUACUCGGAGCAUCACUCCUCUAUCAUGCACUGCAGGGUGGACUGCUCUGGUAGGAGAGUUGCUAGUCUGGAUGUGGAUGGGGUCAUUAAGGUCUGGUCAUUUAAUCCUCUCAUGCAGACCAAGGCAACAAUUAUGUCCAAAUCCCCUCUUCUCUCUUUGGAGUGGGCAACUAAACCACACAGGCUGUUGUUGCUGGGGAGUGGGGUAGGCACGGUGCGGCUGUAUGACACGGAGGCUAAGAAGAAUCUGUACGAGAUGAUGAUCGAUGACGUGCACCCAAGGAUCCUGUCCCUGGCGUGCAGCCCCAGUGGAACCUCUUUUGUUUGCUCUGCUGCUGCCCAUUGUCCGCAUUCUGGGACCCUGAGCGAGAGCGGGGCCCGGGGAUCAAGUGCUGUCCCUGGACAACUGCUACUGUGGGAUACCAAGACUGUCAAACAGCAGCUCCAAUUCUCUUUGGAACCUGGGCCAAUUGCUAUAAACUGCACUGCUUUCAACCACAACGGGAACCUGCUGGUCACUGGAGCUGCUGACGGCAUCAUCCGGCUUUUCGACAUGCAGCGGUAUGAGAGCGCUAUGAGCUGGAAGGCUCACGACGGAGAAGUGUAUUCAGUGGAGUUCAGCUAUGAUGAGAACACCGUCUUUAGCAUUGGCGAAGAUGGGAAGUUCAUCGAGUGGAAUAUCCACCGCAGUGGAGUAAAGCAGUCGGAGUAUUCACUGCCCUCGGACGCUACCGGCCCAUUCAUCCUGUCCGGGUACAGUGGAUACAAGCAGGUCCAGGUGCCACGGGGCCGGCUGUUUGCCUUCGACUCCGAGGGGAACUAUGUGCUCACCUGCUCCUCCAAUGGAGGGCUCAUCUACAGGCUGCAUGAGGGUGAGAAGGGCCUGGAGAAUGUCCUGCCUCUGGGGGGACACAAAGCCCCAGUUGUCACAGUAGACUGGUGCACAGCUAUGGAUUGUGGGACAUGCCUUACAGCCUCCAUGGAUGGCAAGAUAAAACUGAGCACUCUGCUGGCACAGAAACCCUAUUAGGGAGCAGGGCCAGGCCAGAGUUGUCAGAACAAAGCCAAAUGUGGAGCCCGCUGCUUAAAAUGAUUGAGGAGCCUUUUACUAUUGUUUUGACUCUACAAACUUGACAGCUGAUUGUGCCAUGACUUCCCAAACUUCUUUGCAGAUAAUUAGUCUUAAUAUGAGGUUAGACAAAAUAAAGUAGUUGUGUACGGUCUUAAUGGUGUACUUAGUGUUUUGUCUUCCUCUACCAGGAACAGUAUGACUGUAGCCUUUUUUAUAUUGAACAAAUAAAUUGUGUACUGUACUGGAUGCCAGUAAAGUUAUUUAAAGAAUGUUUAAAUAUUCUUUCUUGUUGUCAAUGAAGAACAGUGUUAUUCAUAAAAAAAUAAAAUAAAAUAAAAAAACAGCAUUCUUUUAGCCAAUACAUUGCUUAAAGGCCAGUCCAUUCAAGAGUAAAUAACUGUAAUUAAAUGAUUUAAGUUAUUUUGGAGAUUAUCAGAAGCUCAGUUUAACAAUUGGUUGAAAAAAAGCUCUGGACAGGUUCGUACUAGCCUUGUUCUAACCACAGUAGAUGCAAAGCAUUGUAGUAAUGUCACGAAACCCUAUGCUAGCACACACAAAUAAGUACUGCUGAGGCUUUUCUAGGAGGCUCUGGUAACGCAGAAGAAUUCAGAAUUCAGUUUUAUGGUUCAUAAUAGAAUUUUAUUGCAAAUUAUAAAGCAUUAUCUUUCUGAAGUGUAUGGUCACUACAAGCUAUUGUUAAGCACAGUCUUUUAUUUCUCAAGUCACUGAUGUUAUUCCAAAAUACUUUAUAAUGACUGCAUUUCUUAAGUCCAAAAUGUGAUCAUAUUUCUAUAAAAAAGAAACAAGCAUUUUUUUAUUUUAUUUUUUAACUUUUAAAAAUACAAUACACAUCAUAGAAAUUGUGCUAAAUAUACCAUAUACUAAGGCAGCCAAGCUAAUGAAAGUUAGAAGAGAGUUCUUUAAAGUUUAAAUAUUUUAGCAUUUAAAAAAAUGAUUAUAUAAGGUGUAGGGCCACAUACAACUAGGUUUUACCUACAGCAGCAAUUAUAUUGCUAAUGUGCUACAGUACAUGAGAAAGAAAUUCCUAUAUGUGGUGUGUAGCCAACAUAUAACAUGGUGGUCUUUUAUUCCUGUCCAGUCUAGGACCAUGAUGUACAAAGUUCUUGAACCUACCGUAGAUAUUCAGUUAGGUAAUUAAAUAUCUACUUAGAACAAGGUCUUAGAACUGCUGUAGAGGAGCACUUCUGGAUUUUGAUUUGUAUACAUUCAAUACAGUUACUGCUAUACAGUGCUAAAGUGACCACUUAGUACAUCUACUGCACUGCAAAAAUUGCAUCUGUCACAUAUUACAAAGUGAAGACAACAGAACCCCGAAAAGCAAGGAAGGCAUGAAGCUGAACAAAUUUACUGCAUUCCAGCUAUACUGUCUGCUUAAGAUCGAACACUAAA